AUGAAUAGGAUUAACAAGAUCAUGUCACUGGCUCUAAAUGGAAGUCCGAUUGAACAUUUACAAGAAAAUAUAUCAGAUAAUCUCAGUAGUACGUCGAUGAAUGUGUCUGGAGUUAGCAGUGAGGUGACUGAAGAGCAAUUGCAGGUUGCCCAAAUGUUAGAUGAGUUACUCACUCCUUCUGACCUAGGAUUCCAGUCUCAUGAUUUUCUAACUGGCCAUGAAACAUUGGUGGAUGAGGAGGAUUUACAGAUCCCAGAGCCGACUGAAGCAGCCGAUUUCAGCUCAGAUGAUAGUGUAGUUGAUAGGACAUACGCUCCUGAAAUAGAUAGAAGCUCAUCAUCUGAGACUUCUCUUCAUGAAAAUGAUCACCAUAAUGUUGAAGUUACGAGUAUAACUGAAGAACAUAAUCAACGGCGAAAAUCAAAAGGAACAAAUAUACGAAAAAUAAUUAAAGAUAAAAGAAACAAAGGACUGACAUAUAAAACACUAUCGGCAAAAAAAGCUUUUGCUACAUGUGGAGUGAAGCUGACGGUGGACGUGGAGCUAAUCAAAUAG